CGUACUAGCCUACAGGUUUUCUUAUUUGCUGUUCUCGUCGCACAAUUGCUAAGUCGAAAUCUGUGGCUGGUAAACACAGCUUUUCGUUCUAGUAAAAUAAAAAAAAAAUUAAAAAUAAAAUAAAAUAAAAUUAACAAAAAUAGUAGUGUACGAUAGUAGCAUAAUCAUUCCGUACCAAUUAGCAAUCGUCAGACGAGCUGUUGUUGUUGCCGCCGCCAUCGACUCUCGGAAAAAUGCCCGCAGUGCGCAAAUAUCGUCGCGAAACAAGUGAAAUCAGUUGCUGCCUCAAAUAUUUGCUCUUCACCAGCAAUGUAAUUAUCUGGCUGACCGCACUUGUGGUGCUCUCCGUUGGGAUUUGGGCCUGGACCGAAAAAGAUAUGUUUCGCAACAUUAGCAAGCUAACAUUUAUUGCAUUAGAUCCCGCUUUUGUUCUCAUUAUAUUGGGAACCAUCACCUUUAUGUUGGGCCUAAUGGGCAGUGUGGGUGCACUGCGAGAAAAUACCUGCCUCCUGAGCGCUUAUGCUAUAUUUCUGAGCGUUCUACUGCUAAGUGAAAUUGGCUUCUGCGGGCUUGCGUUUGUGCUCAAGGACAAAGGCUGGAUCAAAGAUCAAGCUACAGAAGGUCUGAGAGCUUUUAUCAAGCAUUAUCGCGAGGAUCCGGAUCAACAGAAUCUGAUUGAUUGGAUACAGGAGGAUUGGCUGCAAUGUUGCGGCAUCGAUGGGCCCAAAGACUGGGAUAGCAAUAACUAUUUCAAUUGCUCCUCAAUAGCGAUUGGUAGCCGUGAAGCAUGUGGUGUGCCCUUCUCCUGCUGUCGCCGGCGACCGCAGGAGGUGAUCAAGAACAAGCAGUGUGGCUAUGAUGUGCGCAAGGAGGGCUACUUUACGCCGCAGGGCAUGGAGCUCUCAAAGAUUAUUUAUGAGAAAGGCUGCGUUCAGGCUGGCGAAGAAUGGAUUGAGAAUAAUUUGAUUAUUAUUUCCACGGUCGCUAUUGGUGUUAUGUUUUUUCAGAUUCUUGGCAUUUGUUUUGCGCAAAAUUUGCGCGCUGAUAUCUAUACACAAAAAUCGAAAUGGCACUGACAAAUGGCGCACGCUGCCCCCACAGCAAUUUAGAAAGGUAAGCGACGUACACAGAUAGCAAACAGCAACAGCAACUUUAACUACAACAACUAUAACUACAACUAUGCAUCAUCUAAAUCAACGCUUCGGUUAGUUACCUAUACUAUAAAUACCUAACUAUAUGUAUAUAUAUAUUAUAUAUAUAUGUAUGAGUGUCUACUAAACGCAAACGCAUUCCGUCUUCAUGGACAUUGACUAAAUAUUAACUAGGUUGCCAAAUUUUUUGCUGUUCUACGUAGGCUUCUUUUUUACCCAAAACACACACAUACUAAGAAAGCAGAAAGCGAAAA